ACGCCGAGGCGGCGGGGCGAUGCGCUUGCGUACUGAGGGCUUACACCAUAUGUGCCCUGUCCCAGUGCGCGGGUCUGUGGAGAGCCGGGUGCGAGAGGCGGCGGCGAGAGGUGGACGGAGCCGAGCGGGCAUUGGCGUCAGCGGGGAGACAGUGGGUGUGUGAGACACCGAACCGAGAGGCCGGGUCCGCCGACGCCGCUGACAAGCAAUGGGGAAGAAACAGAAAAAUAAGAGCGAAGACAGUACCAAGGAUGAUACUGAUUUUGGCGCCUUGGCUGCAGAAAUAGAAGGAGCUGGUGCUGCCAAGGAACAGGAGCCUCAGAAAUCAAAGGGAAAGAAGAAAAAGGAGAAAAAGAAGCAAGACUUUGAUGAGAAUGAUAUUCUGAGAGAACUUGAAGAAUUGUCUCUGGAAGCCCAAGGCAUCAGAACUGACAGAGAAGCUGCUCCAGUCAAGCUUACAGAAAACAAUGAAGAGGAAUCUGCCUCAAAACAAGAUAAAAAGAAGAAAGGACAGAAGGGCAAAAAAACAAGUUUUGAUGAUAAUGAUAGUGAAGAAUUGGAAGAUAAGGAUUCAAAAUCAAAAAAGUCUGCAAAACCUAAAGUGGAAAUAUUCUCUGGAAGUGAUGAUGAUGAUGAUUCUAAUAAACUUUCUAAAAAAGCUAAAAAAGCUCAAAAAUCAAAUAAAAAAUGGGAUGGGUCAGAGGAGGAUGAAGAUAAUAGUAAAAGAAGUAAAGAACGUUCUAGAGUAAACUCUUCUGGUGAAAGUGGUGGUGAGUCAGAUGAAUUUUUACAGUCCAAAAAAGGACAGAAAAAAAAUCAGAAAAACAAGCCUCUUCCUAACGUAGAGAGUGGGAAUGAAGAUGAUGACUCCUUCAAAAUUAAGACAGUGGCCCAGAAGAAGGCAGAAAAGAAAGAGCGCGAGAAAAAAAAGAGAGAUGAAGAAAAAGCAAAAUUACGGAAGCUGAAAGAAAAAGAAGAGCUAGAAAAAGGUAAAAAGGAUCAGAGUAAACAGAAAGAACCUCAGAAGAGAUCUGAAGACGAAGGUUUGAAAUCAAAAAUGGCUCUUGAUGCAGGAGCUGCCUCUGAGGAGAAAGGAGACAUUCCUGCAGCUAUAGAAGAUGACAAUGAAGGAGACAAAAAGAAAAAAGAUAAGAAGAAAAAGAAAACAGAAAAAGAUGAGAAAGAGAAAGAGAAGAAGAAAGGCCCUAGCAAGUCCACUGUUAAAGCUAUACAAGAAGCUUUGGCUAAGCUUAAAGAGGAGGAGGAGAGACAAAAGAGAGAAGAGGAAGAACGGAUUAAGCGGCUUGAAGAACUAGAAGCCAAACGAAAAGAAGAGGAACGAUUAGAGCAAGAAAAAAGAGAAAGGAAAAAGCAAAAAGAAAAAGAAAGAAAAGAACGCUUAAAAAAAGAAGGGAAACUUUUAACUAAGUCACAAAGAGAAGCCAGAGCCAGAGCUGAAGCGACCCUUCAACACCUCAAGGCUCAGGGCGUUGGAGUGCCAUCAAAAGAUUCGUUGCCAAAGAAAAGGCCUAUUUAUGAAGAUAAAAAGAAGAAGAAAACACCACAACAGCCAGAAAAUAAAGAAGUAUCUGAAGCUUUGGAAAUAAGUGUUCCUGUGGAAGUUGUGGAGCAAGGAAUACCAGAAAAAGAAGAGACACCCCCUUCUGUUGAACCAGAGGAAGAAGAAGAAACUGAGGAUGCUGGGUUAGAUGACUGGGAAGCUAUGGCCAGUGAUGAGGAGAGAGAACAAGAAGGAAAUACGAUUCACAUAGAAGUACAAGAAAAACCUGAAGAAGAGGAGGAGGAGGAAGAUGAAGAGGACGAUGAAGAGGAAGAGGAGAGUGAAGACGAGGAAGAGGAAGGAGAAAGCGAAGGCAGCGAAGGUGAUGAGGAAGAUGAAAAGAUGUCAGAUGAGAAAGAGUCAGGGAAAACAUUAGAUAAAAAGCCAAGCAAAGAUGUUAGCUCAGACUCUGAAUAUGACUCCGAUGACGACCGUACUAAAGAAGAGCGGGCUUACGACAAAGCAAAACGGAGAAUUGAGAAACGACGACUUGAACAUAGUAAAAAUGUAAAUACAGAAAAGUUAAGAGCCCCUAUCAUCUGUGUGCUUGGACAUGUAGACACAGGAAAAACAAAAAUUCUAGAUAAGCUCCGUCACACGCAUGUCCAAGAUGGGGAAGCAGGCGGUAUUACACAGCAGAUUGGUGCCACAAAUGUUCCUCUUGAAGCUAUUAAUGAACAAACUAAAAUGAUUAAAAAUUUUGACAGAGAGAAUGUCCGGAUUCCAGGAAUGCUGAUUAUUGAUACCCCUGGACAUGAGUCUUUCAGUAACCUGAGAAAUAGAGGAAGCUCUCUUUGUGACAUUGCCAUUUUAGUUGUUGACAUUAUGCAUGGUUUAGAGCCCCAGACAAUUGAAUCUAUCAACCUCCUCAAAUCUAAAAAAUGUCCCUUCAUUGUUGCACUUAAUAAGGGUUUAAAUGCUGCUUUGUUUUAUGAGAAUAAAGAUCCCCGUACUUUUGUGUCCUUGGUACCUACCUCUGCACAUACUGGUGAUGGCAUGGGAAGUCUCAUCUACCUUCUUGUGGAAUUAACUCAAACCAUGCUGAGCAAGAGGCUUGCACACUGUGAAGAGCUGAGAGCACAAGUCAUGGAGGUCAAAGCUCUCCCAGGAAUGGGGACCACAAUAGAUGUUAUAUUGAUCAAUGGACGGUUGAAGGAAGGGGAUACAAUCAUUGUCCCUGGAGUAGAAGGGCCCAUUGUCACUCAGAUUCGAGGCCUCCUUUUACCUCCUCCUAUGAAGGAACUACGUGUGAAGAACCAGUAUGAAAAGCAUAAAGAAGUGGAAGCAGCUCAAGGAGUGAAGAUUCUUGGGAAAGACCUUGAGAAAACACUUGCUGGUUUACCUCUCCUCGUGGCUUAUAAAGACGAUGAAAUCCCAGUUCUGAAAGAUGAAUUGAUCCAUGAGUUAAAGCAGACACUAAAUGCUAUCAAAUUAGAAGAAAAAGGAGUUUAUGUCCAGGCGUCUACACUGGGCUCUUUGGAAGCUCUUCUUGAAUUUCUGAAAACAUCAGAGGUGCCAUAUGCAGGAAUUAACAUUGGCCCAGUCCAUAAAAAAGACGUUAUGAAGGCUUCGGUCAUGUUGGAACAUGAUCCGCAGUAUGCAGUGAUUUUGGCCUUUGAUGUAAGAAUUGAACGGGAUGCACAAGAGAUGGCGGAUAGUUUGGGAGUUAGAAUCUUUAGUGCAGAAAUUAUUUAUCAUUUAUUUGAUGCCUUUACAAAAUACAGACAAGACUACAAGAAACAGAAACAGGAAGAAUUCAAGCACAUAGCAGUAUUUCCCUGCAAGAUGAAAAUCCUCCCUCAGUACAUUUUCAAUUCUCGAGACCCAAUAGUAAUAGGAGUCACUGUGGAAGCUGGCCAAGUGAAACAAGGAACACCUAUGUGCGUUCCAAGCAAAAAUUUCGUUGACAUCGGGAUAGUAACAAGUAUUGAAAUAAACCACAAGCAAGUGGAUGUUGCAAAAAAAGGACAAGAGGUCUGUGUCAAAAUAGAACCCAUCCCUGGGGAAUCUCCCAAAAUGUUUGGGAGACAUUUCGAAGCUACAGACAUUCUUGUGAGCAAGAUCAGCCGACAGUCCAUCGAUGCACUCAAAGACUGGUUCAGAGACGAAAUGCAGAAGAGUGACUGGCAGCUUAUUGUGGAGCUGAAGAAAGUAUUUGAAAUCAUCUAAUUUUCCCACAUGGGACAGAAUUUGGAGUAAAUGUAAUAUUAUGCUGUGAUAUUACCAACAGAACAGACACUUGGACGCUGAUGGACUUAGGUGUAUAAAGAUGUUUUCCAUGAGAAACCAAGCAACUUACACUGGUUUGACAGUGGUCAGUUCCCCACCCCACAGUCCAGUGUGCCUGCACUCACCUCCCUCAAGACUUGGCUGCUGUUUUAAAGUUUGCCCUUCCUCAAAUUUGGAUUUUUAUUACAAAUCUAAAUCUCUUUCAAUUUUAUACUGAUUAAAUCAGUCCUGCAGUAUUUGAUUAACCAAGUUUCUACAGAUUUUGUGAUUCUUGGAACCUUUUUGAUGUAAGAAAUAUCUUUAUGGGUAUUCUCUCUACAGUGACACCCUUUUCUCCAGCGGUUUUCUGCCAUAUGCCCGUAGGGAUUUUUCUAAAAAGAUUUAGGCAGUCUGCAGCCUUGAAGUAAAGCAUAGCUGACUGCUUUUUUUCUGCCUGUACUGGUCAUCAGAGGUCACUGUAAUCAUCACAAUUCCCAACUGCCAAUAAAAACAGUAAGCUCUGCUAGGCUUCCAUGUUAGUGUAGCUUUCACUCUCAGCACCCACUAAAAUGCCCUAGGAGGGGCACUUUUUGUAGGUUAGUUUUGGUCUGUUUUUAUUUAGUACACAUUCCACUGUCUUCUGUUAAGUUACUGGAGGUCAGUGCUUCAGCAUUGUUAGACCUCAUGACUAUACCUAGAUGUGGUUAUUCCUGAGGCAUGGGCAUGGGCGAGAGGGUACUAAAUGAGCCACCACAAUCCUUUCCUUCUGUUAAGUAUUCACUACAAUGUCAUAAAAUACAAAUAAAUAUAACAAGAGGGAGAGAAGAGAGAGGAAGUUUAUGUAUGUGAAAAAUUUAUUUUAGGUAUUGAAUUGAAUAUUCUCAACACUUCCUAGGGACGUAAAGUUGUUAAUAUCUGGACUUGUGUCCACAAGAUUUAUUUUGCACAGAGCCUGCAGCCAGCUGGCCUGGAGAUUUUUCAGCCUUUUAAGUAUAACAAAUUGUUGCUGGUUCCCAGAGUUGAAAUUUUUUUUAAAGAUUCACAAAAAAAA